GGCUUUGUUGGGUGUGGAUACGCGAUUAUCUAGUCCGUUUUGUGCAUAAUUUUAUAUCCUUUAGUAUACAUUUAUAACUUGAUCUCGUCUAUACGCUAUGAUAUAACAGUACAUUUUAAGUUGACACUCCGCACAGUUGACAUGAUUAACACGGUUCCCCGUUUAACAUUGCCUAAGGAUUACUUAUCGUGAAUAUGUAAAUAGAGGGAAUAUAAAAUAAAGGUAGAAAUGGAGAAUGAUAGUGAAAUAGAUUGCGGCGAAGUUACCCUUGUCAAAAGUCCAAUCAAUGGAUUGUGUGAAAUUGAAAAGCAUUGGUUUGACGACACGAAGUGCCAGAAGACUUCAGGAGGAUCAUCUUUGGGAGAAUCAUCUCUGAGUAGCUCCAAUGGAUCAAAUUGUGACCAUCUGCUACAUGACGCUUUAUUAUCAUCAACAUCUGACUGCGACGACGAUAGUCUCUUUGGAUACGGGUCACCCACAAAAUGUAAAACACGUAUUAACAAUGGUCAAAACACUUGUGGUGUACGUGACAUUCCUGGAGUUAUAUUGGUAAGCGAUAUCAAUAAAGAUUUUACUAUGGACGGUAGAGAAGGAAGUAUUAUCGAGCCAAUGAAAACACUAAUGAAUGAUUUUUCCAGUCUCAGCUUAAAGCGAAAUGUGAUAACCAAGGAUGGCUCUGAUCAAGUACGUGAUGUCAAUAAAGAUUCCACGAUAGAAGUUAACGAAGUAAGUAAUUGCCAGUCAAUGAAAACACUAAGGAAGGAGUUUGCCGGUCUCGGUCUGCAGCAAAAUGUGAUAACCAAGCAAAAUGAGUCGUCAGAAUAUAACGACGGCUCAGAUCAAGUAGAGACAACCUUAGUAAUGAACGAAAAGCCAUCAACUCCCGAUGAAGAGACUGUCUUUUUGUGCAGAAAAUUAAAGGAAGAACUUGAUUUAACCAAUGAGACAAGAGGGCCUCAUCCGAUUAAUCCCUAUCCUAAAACAGGACACCAUCAGUCGUCUACAAACGUCAACCUGCGAACUAUCAGAGGACGUAACGCACAUCUUCCUAAUCAAUAUAACUAUAACACUCAACUAGAAACAGACGAUGUAGCAACCCGGAAUAUUCUUGUUAAUCACACGAACAGUACUGAAUCAAUUCACACGCGCCCGUCCUGUCUCCGCGGACCCCCAGACAAUGCAAUAGCAAUCGUGUUUCCUGCCCUUGAAACAGUAGAUAAAUUUAUGCAGGAAUAUCCUACAAGUGAUAAUUCAUCUAGGUCUGUUGGUGUUACUUUACCGAAAAAUCCCCAAGGAAUUCCUCCUCUCCCUUCCAUUCAUUCAUUUUUUCCGACAGAUAUAGACCACCGCCAGUUCACAUAUAAUGGUAGUGGUCUGUCAGCAGGCUGUGGAUUCUCUAACCAAAGCAUAUCACAUCCAACAAAAUUGAUGUCUAACGAACAUACGCCAUAUUUAACAAGUGUUCAAAGCCCUCCCAUUUGUUCAGAUAUUGGGUUCAACACAUUUACUAAUUCGUCCAAUUGCGCGGUAAUGCAUAACAUGACAAAUUAUGCUUAUUGUAAUCCAACCAUGCUUACUAAUAACAGAAAUGAACAACGACAAAUGAAAAUUGAUUUCCGGGUUUCUCACACAGAUUCUCCUGUUAACCAGAAAGGGUCUAGAAAUGUCAGUGUCCAAUCAACUACUUAUUACACUCCCAGAAAUCACGAACAUCCAAUGGGCAAUAUACCUAAUAUGAUGCCGGGAAGAACUCGAAGUGGAUCAACAAGUUCCCAAAGCUCUUCUUCAACAUAUCAAAGUUCAAUCCGUUCUCCUGGGUAUCCAUCUGACCCAUCAACUGCAGAAAUGUCACCGCCUUCCAUAGCAUCAAGUCAUGGUUCGCCUGGUCCUUUCUGUGAUUUCGAUCCAAAUUCGCCCCCUUCUCUUUACAAUCCACAUAACCCCAAUUUGGCCGACUCCCCAGUUAAAACAAGAACGUUACCACUGAUAAACAGUAUCCCAGUUCCUGCACGUUUUAGGCACAUUCCUACGCAAAACAACUGUGCAGAAAAUACAGUCGUCGAAGACGAACCGGAUAGUAUAGUUGUUGAAGACGAAUCUGAUACUGAAAGUGAACCAGAUUAUGGCAACAAUCCUCUCCAUGACUUAUCUCACAUCACAGAUCCAGUAGAACGAAACAGUAUCAUCAAUAAGCAAAAAUGCUGUCCAGAUUUUAGAAAAAAUAUCGACGCGCUCAACAAAUUGAAUCAGACACCCCUUUACCUUGCUGUUAAGUGCCAGAAUAAGGACGUUUGUGAUUAUUUAUUGACGAAACAAGCAAACCCAACUAUAUUAUGCUUUAGAAGGGACACGAGAAAAAUAGAACGUAGUUUCCACGAGAAUGCUCUCCAUUUGGCUAGUGAAAAGGGAUAUUAUGAGAUUGUAGAAAUGCUCUUGAAAUAUUACCAAGGACCAAAUUUCAUAGACAGUAGAAGAAAGGGAGAUGGCAUGACACCAUUACUUUUGGCGAUAGCUGAACACAGUUCAACACGAAGAAACCAUAGCAAUAUAAUCCGAAUCCUUGUUGAAUACGGCGCCAAUUUAUCCAUCAAAGAUAAUAAAACCGGCAGUUUACCUUUAAUGUUGGCAACAAAGAAACACGAACUAAAGCUUGUCCUCGAGUUGUUGGAUGACCUAGAUGCAGGGAAACGACGGGAGCAAGUUCUCGAAAAAGAUCGCAGUGGUAAUACCUAUCUUCACAUGGCGGCUCAAAUUACUAACCACAAUACCACAGAAGAUUUAGCUAGCGUCUCAGAUAGUGAUAUACAGGAUUUUUGUAUGAGAAUCGUACAGUAUGGAGGCGAUGUUGAAGCUAAAAAUUGUGAAGGGUUGAUGCCAAAAGAUUUACGUCAUAAUCUGAUGAGACAGAUAAGAUGAAUAUAGAGUUAACAUAUUUUGAUACCAACAGCCCCAGGCAAAACGUUUGACAAAAUUUUGAAAUUUGUAUUCAUUCAUUUUUGAUCCCAUCUAGCUAUCAGAUUUUUAGUCUGCUGUCAAUGAAACCGAUGCGGGCUAUAGAUUUCAACUCUGUUGGUCUGGCAAUCUGUCCGAAACCGUUUUUCGGGCCUUUUCCGCAAUGAAUCAGUGAAUGCAGACGCAGUUCAAGUUUCGUCACAACUGGCAUACUUUUACAGGUAUUAAGACCAUUCGACUUUCGCUUAUGCUUCAAGAUGUGUAACUUAAAUUAAUUGUGCAGGGUGCAUCUUAUUGUAUUCAAUCAAUCAUAUACUUGUUAGAUAAACCAACGUUCAAAAUGACUUUAGGAAGACCGGAAGGAAAAACUAAAAAUGUUUGUUAUAGUGUGGAUACUUCGACGUCUGUUCCACUAUCAUCCUACACAUUAAAAUUAUCGGGUUGAUUUUAAUACGUUGUCUUGAACACCUGAGUCCGAAAUUAACAUCGUGUACUUUACAACAAUUGAAUUAGUAGAUAUCUUAUAAUUAGCCAUGUUUUUUAUCCUUAUAGUACUGGAGCUUCAGAUAAAUCGACUCUCUCGAAGAUUUAAAUUAUAACUAUAAAAGAACUGAACAUUUUAGGUCAAAUGGAAGGAUUGAUUUGUGAUGAAUCGGUCUGUUAUUUCGAUUAAAUUUUUGUUUCGGAAUAUUUCAUUUACCAUUCUAUUUUCUAAUUUGGUUAAAAUUGUCGAUAUAGCGGAACACUAAUUCAACUAUAUCUCAGCACUGGCUUUAUACCUAAAGCAAAUCAGAACAUCUAACUUAAUUAAAUCAAUAAAACACCUAAUAAAAGUGAUCUAGUUUUUAAACGUUGCAGUAUUUAUUAUAUUUUGAAUAGAUGAGCACCAGUGUUACCGUAUAACGUGUGUGUCCGCCAUGUCGUUUAUAAAACUAUGUUAACAUAUCUCCAUAUAUUAUCUAGGUUCAGGUGUCCCACUUACUCUUCAAGCCACGGGGGGGGGGGGCCGAAUGGUUAGCACGUGCGUGCUGUAUCACACGGCCUGUCAUUGAGUCAACUGGCGUGGUUUCGAAUCCCCGGUUGUACGUGACAAGGAGUAGGGUCGCCUGUUCAACCUCGCGGGUUUUCUCCGGGUUCUCCGGUUUCCUCCCACUGCUAAAGACCCCUACGCGCAAGCGAAGUCUUGAAAUAAAAUUAAGAAACCAUAUGUUAGUCCCGAAAUGACCUAGUUUGUGUCGAAUGGACGUUAAACCCCAUCUCUCUCUCUCUCUCUCUCUCUCUCUCUCUCUCUCUCUCUCUCUCUUCCAGUCACGGGCAUUUGAAUGUAUGAAUUUGUCUAUGUUUUAUUGUGCAGUUUUCUGUCAAGAUUCUGUGGUGGUUAAAAAUAAAUAGCAGGACAAAUUCCACCAACCACAUGACGAAUAAGUUGUUUAAUAAUGUACAUAUUUAGAAUCAGAAUAAUAUACCUGGUUGUUAUCAAUGUAUUGUAAAUUAAGUAAUUAUAAUAACACAACCUAUAAAUAUGGAUUUAUUACACUUGUUAGUGCGUAGUAAUAAAUUACCUCAUCUUUCUAAA